AUGUCCAAGACUGAGAGUGUUCUUCAGAACGGUCAAGAGGCUGGCGGCUCCAUGACUGCAACUGUGCGUGCCUUCGCCUGCCAUGGCACGCCACUGCGAGGUCUCAUGUCGACGGCCAACUCCCUCACCUUCGAGGGGCGUUUCGGUCGUAUGUUCCCCAGCAGUGUCAUUGCCGCAAACUAUGGCACUACUGAGCAGCAGAGUCGAGACGCCUUGAAGAAAUUGGGCUCGGCAAUGACUUCCACGUUCGACAAGCCGAAGGACGGAUUCGAUGAUGAGGAAAGUGGAAUACCGGCCCUCUAUACGUACUUUGGUCAAUUCAUCGAUCACGACCUCACUUUCGAUCCGGUAACCACCCUAACCCAACGUUUCGACCCAAACGGCCUCACGGACUUCCGGACCCCAGCACUCGACCUUGACAACGUCUAUGGGCGUGGUCCUGACGAUCAGCCCUACAUGUACGACGGAAACAGGUUCAUCCUUGGUGCAAAGCUCGCUAACGGCGCCCCUGAUCUCCAGCGGAACAGUGCUACUCCCGCCCGUGCAAUCAUCGGGGACCCACGCAACGACGAGAAUAGCAUCGUUUCACAGUUUCAGGCACUGAUGCUACGAUUCCACAACCGCGUUGUGGAUGAAAACCCAGGAAUCGACUUUCCGUCGCUUCAGAACAUCGUUCGCUGGCACUAUCAGUGGGUAAUCAUCAAUGACUUCCUCCCACGAAUCAUCUCUUCAAGUGUGCUCGACAAACUCAGAACCAAUGGUCAGUACGACCGCACGAAGGUCAAGUUCUUCCAAUGGAAGGAAAAGCCAUUCAUGCCUGUCGAGUUCUCAGCUGCUGCUUACCGGCUCGGUCACUCAAUGAUUCGCCCGGGCUAUCGCCUAAAUGAUCACAAAUUGUUGGCAAUUUUCCCUGUGCCAGUCACUGUUGACGGUGCAUCAGAUGGCGAAUUCUCGAAAGAAGGUCUGACCGGUUUCACGGCGAUGGACAAGGACCGCUAUAUUGACUGGGGCAGGUUCGUUGAUGUUGGGCCCCUCCGGGCUCGCGGUAAAGAGCCAGAAGACAAGAAGCCUGCAGACGAUGAGAUGAAGAAACGGUUGCAAUUCGCCUACCGGCUCGAUGCAUCCAUCGUCGAGCCAUUGGCCGAUCUGCCCAAGUCUGUCGCUGCUGACGAUCCGCCAUCACUGGCUCAGCGCAAUCUCCUUCGUGGGUUUGAGCUUGGUCUGCCAUCCGGACAGUCCGUGGCCCAGGCAAUGGGCAUCACACCCCUUUCCGAUGAUCAGAUCUUCAUCACCAAAGCGACGGAUGACCCUCGCAAACACGAGGACUCCAUUGCCGGCAAUCCAGCCUACGCGAUUUUCCGGGGGAAUUGCCCGCUGUGGACUUAUAUUCUCGCCGAAGCUGCAGCUACCGCCACUGAGACGGACAAAAAGAUCCCAAUACCUGUUCUGCCAGACUCGGAUGGCAAACCAAUCACGGUCACAACGCCACAGCUUGGUGAAGUUGGCGGCCGCAUUGUGGCCGAAGUGUUCCUGGGCCUUCUCUUCGGCGACAAGAGCUCCUUCCUCUCCGCUUGUCCCGGCUGGACUCCAUCUAUCGGCGGCGUAGGGAGUGGAUUCGCCCUUCGCGAUAUUGUGGCUUAUGCUCUUGGUGACAAGGCCCAUGCAGUCUGA